CGCUAGCAAACUAUUUGAACCCGAUCUACAUCAAUCCAUGAGCCCCCAACAUUGUUUAGAGCAUUCCAGGCCAUUUUUACUUAACUAACCUCAACCCCCCACCCCACGCGAACAAGAAGCAAGAAAGUCGCAUCGUCUUGUUCUUGUUCUUGUUCUUCAUAUCUAGCAAGAAAGAAAAACAACCCUAAUAUUUUGUUCAAUUGUCGAGAAAUGGUUGAUGUAGCCGAUAAAUUGGCAUAUUUUCAAGCGAUCACGGGAGUCGAAGAUCCCGAUUUGUGUACGGAGAUCCUCCAGGCCCAUGGUUGGGACCUGGAACUCGCCAUCUCUUCUUUCACCUCCGCCAAUCAAACCUCCGCUUCAACUGCUAACUCUGACUCAGAUCCUCGCGAAUCACUUAACCGGACCGAAUCUGCCUCCGGUUCUGGUCUUGUUGCCGCUCCCUCCUCCGGUUUAGCGUGGAAACUCGUUACAUUACCGAUCUCCGUGAUAUCCGGUAGUAUAGGUUUAAUUUCGGGCGCUGUUGGGCUUGGCUUAUGGGCCGCGGGCGGAGUUCUUUCGUAUUCCCUUGGGAUGAUGGGGCUGGGAUCGGGGCGGGGAGGGGAAUCAUCGGCACGAUUAGUCUCGGUCUCCGCUGCGGCUUCUGAAGCGAUGGAUUUCGUGGCGGCGUUUGAGAGAGAGUACGGAACGAGGAGGCCGAAUUUUGUCGGCGAGGGUUUCGUGGACGCGUUGCAGAGGUCGAGGAACGCGUUUAAACUGUUGUUUGUGUAUUUGCACUCGCCGGACCAUCCGGAUUCGCCUGUAUUCUGCGAACAGACUUUGUGUUCGGAGGCGGUGGCGUCCUUUGUGAAUGAGAAUUUCGUGGCGUGGGGCGGGAGCAUUAGGGCUAGUGAAGGUUUCAAAAUGAGUAAUAGCUUCAAAGCCUCCAGGUUCCCGUUUUGUGCCGUGGUCAUGCCCGCUACUAAUCAGAGGAUCGCGCUUCUUCAACAGGUUGAGGGACCAAAAUCUCCUGAAGAAAUGCUCAUGGUACUGCAGAGAGUGCUUGAAGAAAGUGCUCCUGUUCUUGUUGCAGCAAGGUUGGAUGCAGAAGAGAGAAGAAACAACAUGCGCUUAAGGGAGGAGCAAGAUGCUGCUUACAGAGCAGCACUUGAGGCUGAUCAAGCUAGGGAACGGCAGAGGAGAGAGGAGCAAGAACGUCUGGAAAGGGAAGCUGCAGAAGCUGAGCAGAAACGUAAGGAAGAAGAAGAGGCUCGUGAAAGAGCAGCACGUGAAGCUGCUGAAAAGGAGGCAGCCCGAGCUAGAAUGCGGCAAGAGAAGGCCUUGUCACUUGGUGAUGAACCUGAGAAAGGGCCAAAUGUUACACAAGUUUUGGUACGCUUUCCUACGGGUGAACGUAAAGAAAGGAGGUUUCACAGUUCGGUGACAAUCCAAUCACUUUAUGACUAUGUUGAUUCUUUGGGUUGCUUAGAAGUUGAGGAUUACAGCCUUGUGUCCAACUUCCCCCGAGUUGCUUAUGGUUCAGAGAAGCGCUCUUUGUCAUUGAAAGAGGCAGGAUUACAUCCUCAGGCCAGCCUUUUUGUGGAGCUAAACUAGUCUGAAGAAGUUGAUAGUGUCAAGUUGUAUGAUGAAUGGUGGUUUCAAAGAUUCCUGCAAGUAGAGUACAUAUUUUCUUAUGUUUCUUUCUCCUUUCAACAUAAUUAGCAAUGAUAAAUUGAGACAAAGAUAGCUCCGUGACUUUGGAUAUUCCACUUUUCCGGCUGAGUUACCGUUCCCAGACGUGGGCUUUGAGGAUUAUUAUAAGAAUUCUGCAUGAUCAUGGUGUUCUGUAUUCUGUCGCAUGUCUAGCGUUGCGACGUUAGAAGCUACAUGUACAUAGUUUUCUACACCCUUUAGAGUUGUUAAACUUAGCGAUCCUUGGAACAAAGCCAUGCUUCAUCGCUGCCCAAUUCCCAAGCACACCUGUUUGCAGUUCACAGUAUUAAAAGUUGUCACGGUUAUCAUAUUUAAGGUUUACGGGGGGUGCAACCAAACAAUAGUGAACCUCUCAAUCUCUCAACCACACCGCCACCGCCACCUUAGUUUUUGUCAUAAUGAUUGCGUUUUUAUAUGAAGAUUAAAUAAAGAAAUGGUGCAUUAUAUUUCUUA